GCUAUAUAAGAAGUCCUGCACUCCUGCUACUUUGUGCAUACGAAAAAUCUUUAAACGAUCUCCGCGGAUACGGAUUCGAGGGAGAAACCCGUAAUCCUAUUGCAUCCGUAGUUUCUUCAUCAACAUCGCCCCAACUAGAAUCAGAACAAAUGGCACAUAGAAUAUUAAGAGAUGUUGAAGCUGAUGGCUGGGAACGCUCUGACUUCCCAAUCAUAUGUGAAUCAUGCCUAGGUGACAAUCCUUACAUUCGAAUGACAAAAGCAAAUUAUGAUAAAGAAUGCAAAAUCUGCACAAGACCCUUCACAGUCUUCAGAUGGAGACCUGGUAGGGAUGCAAGAUACAAGAAAAGUGAGAUUUGUCAAACUUGUAGCAAAUUAAAAAAUGUUUGUCAAGUGUGUCUAUUAGAUCUUGAAUACGGUUUGCCAGUUCAAGUUCGCGAUACUGCACUAAGUAUCAACUCAAAUGAUUCGAUUCCAAAGAGUGAUGUGAAUAGGGAAUACUUUGCAGAAGAACAUGAUCGUAGGGCUAGAGCGGGUUUGGAUUAUGAGUCUUCGUAUGGGAAAGAAAGGCCAAGUGAUACUAUUUUGAAACUGCAAAGGACAACACCAUAUUAUAAGAGAAAUCGAGCACAUAUUUGCAGUUUCUUUAUUCGAGGUGAAUGUACAAGAGGUGCUGAAUGCCCUUACAGACAUGAGAUGCCUGAAACUGGCGAGUUAUCUCAGCAGAAUAUCAAAGAUCGUUACUAUGGAGUUAACGAUCCGGUUGCAUUAAAACUACUAAACAAAGCGGGUGAAAUGCCGUCACUCGAACCCCCAGAAGACGAAAGCAUUCGAACACUAUACAUAGGCGGCCUCGAUGCAAGAGUCACCGAACAAGACCUCCGGGACAGUUUCUACACACACGGUGAAAUCGAAUCCGUCAAAAUUGUCUCGCAACGUGCAUGUGCGUUUAUCACGUACACCACACGCAAAGGAGCUGAAAACGCGGCCAAUGAACUUUCAAACAAACUUGUCAUCAAAGGCCUCCGGUUAAAACUCAUGUGGGGCCGACCACAAGCACCGAAACUAGACAGUGGUGAAGCGCUCCCGAAUGAAGCCCGACAUGUGGAUCAUGCCGGGCUGGUACCCCGUGCGGUUGUAUCGCAGAUACAACCGCCCGGUCAGGACCACCAAAUGCCACCGCCGCCGAUGCAUUAUUUUAACAUCCCGCUGCCAUCGGACCACCAUGGACGGGCGUUUUACCCGUCCAUGGAUCCUCAGAGGAUGGGGGCGGUGAUUCGGAGUCAAGAUGGAAGUGGGGGUAGUGGGUCGGGUGAAAAUAUAAAUCGUGCUUCAAGUGGUGGUGGUCCACAGUAUGCUGCAUAUCCGCCACCACCGCCUCCUCCUCAAGGUGGUGGUGGUGGACGAUAUUAUCAGCAGUAUUAUCCACCGCCACCGUAUGGUUAUGGACCACCACCACCAGUUCCGGGACCGUAUCAACAAUACCCUCCACAGUCUCAUCCGUCCGCAAUGCCACCACCAGGACAAGGUGGUGUUCCGGCGGCUGCAGGAGGGCCGCCUCCACAACAAUGAAGGCAAAAACUUUUGGUCUUAGCUGUCUCAUGAACAUGAAGGGAUUAUACACAUCUUUGUAAUGUUUGUACCUCAGACUGUUGGAUAUAGAAGAGAUGUUUGUUUUUUA